AUGAGCAGGCCUCCAGCAACAUCGCGCAAGGUCGGGCGCGUGGUGGUGCUACUGGUGCUGUUCCUGCUGUGUUUGCCAGAGCCUAAGACCAGAGAUUUGAACAGUGUUAGAAGUGUUCCCGAGCAGCUUCAGGCGAGCAAAGCAGACAGCGCGGGCUUUGCUUGGACCGGGGGCCGUGCCCCUUCCAAGGCUGAUGGCACUUUGGAUGGUGGUGAGGCCGAAGACCAUGAAGACGUCAAGGGGUCUCGUGAAGAUGACAACGAAACCAAGGCCCCCAAAGGAAAGGAUGAUGUGGAGGAGGCCAAAGCAAGCUUCGAUGAGGCCGAGGACAAGACAGUGGAUGAGGCUGCCUCAGCACAGACCGCUGACCCGGUCGAAGAUGCCAAGCAGGAUCUGGAUGCGGCAAAACGACAGCGAGAUGUGGCCCUGAGAGGGCUGGAAAGGGCAGAAGCCCUGGCCGCAUACCUGCAAGAUCAGCUGCUGGGAUUGAAAGACAGCAGCAGCGAAAAGGCCAAGGAGGUCGAGGCGAAACUAGAGAAGGCCGAAGAAAAGGUAGAGAAGGCCGAAAGAAAGGUGGAGACGGCCAAGCAGGAGGUAGAGAAGGUCAAGGAGGCGGCCAAGGAGGCGGCCAAAGCAAGCGUCCAGGCAGGACGAGUGCAGGCCGGGGCUUCUGCGGGUGCAGUUGUUGCUGUUGCAUUUGAUUUGCACUCCCGCAUGGUCGUCGUUCAUGCAAAUCUGGUUGCCCUUUGUGUGCUUUGCUGA